AAGUAACGAACACGCCAUGCCCAGGUACCCACAGCCCACUGUUCAAUUAGACAGCACUAUGUCUUUGAUCGCCCUACUGGAAAGUUGCCGUUGGUAUAUUCUUUUUGUAUCCGCUCCAUGGUUUCUAUAUGUUACUCUGGAAAUUAGUGGGCACAUCGAUUCUCAACGUUCAGAGGCGGAGAGAGAGAGAGAGAGAGAGAGAGAGAGAGAGAGAGAUCUUUCUGCAGCCCUGCAUGGUUUUGAGAUUGGGUAAUGGCGUGAUGGAUGAGGUUUGGGGAGGAGCUGAGCCUCUCUGAAUCCUCCCACUAUCAAAACCUCUGGUUGGUUUUCUUGAGCAAGGCUCGAAGAAAGAAAGGGCGAGAAAGGGUAGGAAAAUUGGAAAAAUAGCAAGAUAUCAACGAUUUAAUUUCUGGGUUCUUCUGGGUUGAGUUCUCUUAUAAUGAGCUCGUUACAGAUUUCAUGCAGUUCUCUGGGUAUUUGGGUAUUUUCUCACAUUUGAUGGUUUCCAUGAUCUUCAGAAGCGGCAUUUGGAUACCAUGGCAAUGAUAGACUGGUUAGGGCAGGCUCUUUGACUUUCUGUGGGUCAAGCGGCAACAUGUGUUUGUCUGAUUGACUUGCUGUUAUUUGGCUCACAUAUACUCGUUCUUAAUCGAGGCCUCAUGUUGGUUGAUUGAACUCUUCAUACAACCUAAAUCUCAUUUGGCAGCAUUCAAAACUGACAAACUUUGGGCUUAUUUGGGGCAGAUCUCCUUUGGCAAUUUAAGCUUGGCUUUUGAAAAUUUUCUUUCAGGCACAUUGGCAAUAUAUGUACAUAUAUUUGAAGAUUAAGCUCUAUUGGAAAAUAUCCUUUCAGAAAGAUUCAGAUACAAAGUUGGAUACCUGUUCUUUGGGAGUAAACACUUAGAGGAGUCAUCUGUUGUCAAUCUACUUGGUAUUACUCCAAAGAGUCAAAGAUGCAUGGUUGAUUCUUCAGACUCCUGAUUUUUGGUUUUUCUUCUUGGGAACUUCACUUUUCAAGCUAGGAGAAUCUCGUUUGGCAGCUGUAAUUCUGCUGCUGGGACUGUCUCCUUUGAUAACCCUCUUGACUUUUUGUUCAGCAAAUCUUCAUUGGCAAUUGGGAGUCCAAGUUGGCUCCCCUUACCUUGAAGGGCAAAUCUUCUUUGGCAUUAAAUCUCCAGUUUUAGCAGUCCAGAUAUUUUGUUGGAGAUACUGGUUGAAUCUCUGCUUUGCAGUUAACUUCAAUCUGGAAAAUAUCUCUAAAAAAAUUUAUAACUUUUAUUACCAUAAAUCCUUUGGUAUCCAGCUGCAUUCGUAGUUCUUGUAUCAGAAGUUUUCGAGAAUUUCAGAUGUUCUAGAUGGUGGUUCAAGAAAGAUCACAUUUGAAGGUGUAUACAUUUCUUGCUAAGUUAUCCAUUUCCAAUUAAGGGUCCAUUUUGUAAAGAUCAACGCAGUAGGAAAAAUAUCACAAAGAAAUAUAAUUCUGGUUCCCUCUGUGGAUAUCGAAAGGCAUCUGAAUUAUGGAAAUGCUCCUUAAUGAUUCUGGAUGGGAGAGUUUCAGUGAGAGUGGUAUCAGUGAUGAUCAGGAAGAAAUUGACUCUGUGUACAGUGGAACAGCUCAGAGCAUUUUGUCUAGUCUGGAGGAGAGCAUUGGAAAAAUUGACGAUUUCCUCUCAUUUGAUAGAGGAUUUGUGCAUGGGGACGUUGUGUGUUCUGUAUCUACUCCAGAUGGACAGAUGGGCAAAGUGGUGCAUGUUGAUAUGUUUGUGGACUUGGAAAAUGUUCAUGGCAGAAUUAUAAGGGAUGUACAUUCGAAAAAACUUUUAAAGGUCAGGUCCAUUACGGUGGGGGAUUAUGUGGCUCAUGGUCCCUGGCUUGGAAUGGUGAAUAAGGUAAUUGAUCGUGUCACCAUUCUGUUUGAUGAUUGGACAAAGUGCGAGGUCCUUGCAGUAGAUCGAGAGAAGCUCUUACCCAUUUCUACAAACUUACUUGAAGACUCACGGUUCCCAUAUUAUCCAGGACAGAGAGUACUGGUUGAAGUUGCAACUAUUUCCAAAUCAGCUACGCGGUUGUGUGGCACUUGGAAGGGAAAUCGAGACGAAGGAACUGUGUGUGCUGUGGAAGCUGCAUUUGUGUAUGUUAAUUGGCUUGCUUCUGCGUUGGGUGCUUGCAAACCGAGUUCUCCUCCUCCUUGUUUGCAGGAAUCGAAACAACUUACUUUGUUGUCCCAUUUUUCUCAUGAACUCUGGCAGCUUGGUGAUUGGUGUAUAUGUCCAGAUGCUGGCAGGAAAAGAAGUCUAGAGCAGCAUUUUCUUAAGGGGUACAGGAAAUGUGAGAGAGAAAUUACGGGUAGGGACCCCACUAUGGAUUUUGAUGAAAUAUUUGUUAUUUCAAAGACAAAGACAAAAGUAGAUGUUCUCUGGCAGGAUGGUAGUUGCUCAUUGGGAUUAGAAUCAAAAUCUUUGUGCCCAGUAAAUAUUGUUAACGUUCAUGAGUUUUGGCCUGGGCAGUUUGUGCUGGAAAAAACUGCUUAUGAUGAUCCAGCUAUUUCGAGUAGCCAAAGAUGGGGAGUAGUUGGAGGUAUGGACUCGAAGGAACGAACUGUUCGGGUAGUAUGGAAAGGGUUUUCUGCAAAUCAAGCCAAUGACAAGGAGGGUGACCUGAUGGAGGAAAUUGUGAGUGCUUAUGAACUGGUUGAGCACCCAGAUUACACCUACUGUCUUGGUGAUAUUGUAUUUAGGUUGGAAAAGAACCAGUUUUUGGAUCAACCUGAUGGGCAGGCUUGUAAAUGUGACAUAAUCACAGAAAGGAGCAUGGGCAAUAUGGUUGCUCUUCGAGCUCAUAACUGUGGUAGAGAUCUGAAUGAGUACUGUGAUAAAUGUUACUUGUCCAGUAUUGGCUGUGUUACUGGAAUUAAAGAUGGUGAUGUCGAGGUGACAUGGGCUACCGGUCAAACAACAAAGGUUGAACCAUAUGAAAUCUUUCGGGUGGAUGAAGGUUCAUCCACAAAUCCUGCACAUUAUGAAGAAAAUGUUGAAGAAUUUGAUGAAGAGAGAAUUGAGCACGGCCAAAAAUCUUUGCACCAGAAUGAGAAGGAUUUGCUGGAGUUCAGUGCUGCUCAUGAUGGUUGCAAAUGGUACCCAUGGGAUUUUAGUUCCUUUUCCCUUCCUCAAGCAGCUAUUGGAUUUUUCACAAGCAUUGCAGCAAAUUUAUUUGGUGUAGUUGGUUCCACCUCAGUAUCAAGCUCAAUGUUACCUAUCAAAAAUUCAGGUGGAAGUGAAUUUGGAAUUCCCAAUGAAAAAGUCCUGGAAUCUCACAAUCAUUGCAUCGAGGAGCAAUCAUUGGCUAUGGAUGAUUUUCCGGGAGAUAUUCAUGAUGGUAAAGUAUAUCCAUGUUCAUCCAGUGGUGAAGUACCUGAACAGUUCAGGCAGUUUGAUAUGGUCUCUGAUUUCUCUGACCACCACUUUGUUGAUGGUGCCAACAAGGGAUUGGUAUUGCCUCAGGUAAAAAGAAGUUGGUUGAAGAAGGUUCAGCAGGAAUGGAGCAUUUUAGGAAAAGAUCUUCCUGAAACGAUAUAUGUCCGCAUCUGUGAAGAAAGGAUGGAUCUACUGCGGGCAGCCAUUGUUGGGGCACAGGGAACCCCAUACCAUGAUGGUCUUUUCUUCUUCGACAUUUUUCUUCCUCCAGAAUACCCUUAUGAACCACCUUUGGUGCAUUACAAUUCUGGUGGGCUUCGUCUCAACCCGAACUUGUAUGAAUCUGGAAAGGUCUGUCUGAGUCUCCUCAACACAUGGACUGGAACCGACACAGAAGUGUGGAACCCCAGGAACUCGACAAUUCUUCAAGUUCUGCUUUCCCUCCAGGCCCUUGUUCUUAACGAAAAGCCAUAUUUUAAUGAGGCUGGAUAUGAAAAGCAGAUGGGAAGAGCUGAGGGAGAGAGAAACUCUGUAAGCUACAAUGAAGAUGCCUUCCUUGUUACCUGCAAGUCCAUGCUGUAUGUACUGCACAAACCACCAAAGCAUUUUGAGAGACUAGUGGAGGAACACUUCAGGCGGCGCUCGCAGCACAUAAUAUUGGCUUGUAAGGCGUACAUGGAAGGAGCAGCAGUGGGAUGUGCUUCUGGGCAGGGUAAGAUGGAGCAGCCGGGAAGUCGGAGGGGAAGCUCGAUGGGCUUUAAGAUCAUGCUUGCAAAGCUGUUGCCUAGGCUUGUGGAGGCCUUUUCUGAAAAGGGAAUUGAUUGCAGACAAUACAUUUGAACUUUGAUCCUCUCUGUUGUGUUUUUUUCCCCCCCUACCUUUGUGAUAUCUGCUGGGUGUUUGUGUAUACAAAGAAUAAAAUAAAAUGCAAUAAUACGACACAUAGGUAUAGGUCAUCCUAGGAGCACGGAUUCGAAGCCUUAAUUUGGAUUUGCAUAUAUUUUGGAUAAAAUUUAAUAUAAUUUUAUAUUAUAUUUUGUCAAAAUCUAUACAAAUUCAAGUUGAAGGUCUGAAUUCGAGACUUCUCUUAAUGGUCGCACAGAAGCCCCAUCGUGUGAAAAAAUAAUGUGUAGGGGUUUCGGGCUGCAUCUGUGAGCAUGAUGAUUAUUGAUAAAAAGAGUGGUUUGGUUUGCUUGUUUAA